GACAGUUGUGCUUGCGGCUCGCGAGCACGCAGGCGCAGUAUAGGCAGAUACUGCGUCGGGCGAUGCUCUCGAUGACUUUCACUCCGAGCAAUCCGUCGAUGCACUACACGCUAUUCCUAGAAGAGCCGUGUGACUUCCAUGUUGCCGAGCGUGUGCGGAUCCUUGACAGAUGGGAAGCCUCCGCUGCCAUUCGUCGUGGCUUCUUCGAUACCUCGCAGCGUGGUAAUCAGUCCCAGGUGCGCAACGAGCGUUAUGAGGGCCGAAGGCCUCUCUUCCGGUCUAUCAUGGACUGGGAACUUCCUUUGAGUGGGAAGCUAGAGUUUGAUUUUGCUGGUGGCCCGCGGACGGCUGCAGGCACUGUUGAAAUGGCUGGCCCGAUUUUUGAGGAGUUCUUCCAACACCUGCUCGCAGCAAAGUGUCGACCAUCUCAACAGUUUGAGGCACUUCGCGCUGUUUCCCCGUACAUAUAUCUCGCAUCAUCGCAACUGCGUCGGCUGUUGGGAGUGAUAUAUGAUGCGGAGGUGAGGAUGCAUGCCUUCCACGUGUUCUACUUCAGGCUGACCGACAUUUGGAACGUGAAGGUUUGCAGAGCCCGCUUCUCCA